GUGGAAGCUUCACGUCUAAACGUCUCCCGAGGAGCGAACGUUACCGAACAGAUCCGGCCAGCAACAAGCAACAUGAAGGCCGUUAUACUUCUCCUCGUCAUCGCGAGCGCACUGGCCGUGCCAGUUUACAAACCCGAACGUCAAAAGAACGAGAAACCCGGACGCAUCUCCAAACCGACCCAAUGCACAGACGACAUCCGCUUCCGUGAGGGCCAGCGGUAUGAGUAUAAGUACCAGGGCGAGGCCGUGUCCGGCAUUGUGGGCACAUCCGAGCAGCGGUCUGGACUCAAGGUCGCCUGCAGCGUGGUCAUCGAGGUGCCCGCUGAGUGCGAGUUGAUCAUGACCACCCCGGAGUGCGUGCUGCGCGAGGCCGACCAGACCCGCGGAGCCCUGAAGUUCCGCCGCACGCGCAACUCCGAGAAGUUCAGCCGCCUCAUGGCCAAGUACCCCGUCUACUUCCAGAUGAACAACGGCAAGGUUGAGACGGUGGUCUCCUACGAGAACGAGCCUCUCGCCAUCGUGAACAUCAAGAAGGGAAUCCUGUCCUCCCUGCAGCUGCAGAACGUGGAGCCUGAGCCCAUGGAGCAGACUCUGGAGGAGCGUGAUGUCCACGGUGUUUGCCCGUCCGUCUACACCGUCGAGUCCCAGAAGCGCGGCAAGGUGUUCACCGUGUCCGUGCUGAAGGACCUGACCCGCUGCACCAAGCCCCAGAAGACCAGCAUGCAGGGCAGCCCUCUGGCUAUCCUCAAGAACCUGACCCUGGCCGCCGACUACCUGCUGAACUCCACCCAGCGCUGCCGCUUCGACCUGGACGGUAAGAAGCAGAUCAAGGGAUCCAGCUGUGCCGAGGUCCACACCUACAGGCCUUUCUCCUACAACAGCAGCCGCGCCGGUGCCCAGACUAACGUUACCCAGGAGAUCGGGCUGGACAAGGUUACCCGCCUCAACAGCCGCCGUUAUGAAGUCAGCCUGGCUAACAGGAAGGUUAUCGACAUCGUGUACGAGUUUGAGGAAUUCCAGGUCCCCAGUAACAAGUCUGCUGUCGGCGCCCUGGAGGCCCUGUACCGCCUGUCUAACGCCACCAUCAACGAGACCAGCCUGGAGGCUCCCCGCGCCUUCGCCGACUUCGUCUCCGCCCUGCGCGUGCUCGACAACCAGACUCUCAGCCAGGUUCUGCCCGAGAUGCUCGCCUCUAAGGCUAGUGACCAGGUGAUGCAGGCCCUGCCCCAGUGCGGCACCCGUCCCUGCUUCUCCGCUAUCCGCCAGCUGGUGACCUCCGGGUUCCUGCCCAAGGCUGUUGCCGAGACCGCCGUCUACGCCAUGGCCUUCCUGCCCUACCCCAACGUCGACGCCAUCAACGAGACCCUGAGGGUCGCUCAGUACAACAAGAGCCGCCCCGCCAUCCUGGCUCUCAGCUCCCUGGUCUACAGGUACACCCAGAACAACAUGACCGAGCCGUUCCCGCAGCCCGUUGUUGAGGCUAUUGAGUACCUCCGCAGCAUGAUCGGGUUCGACUGCACUCCCCUCACCAACAAGGCCUUCAACCCCGUCGUCUCUGCUGAGGAGCAGGAGCAGAUCCUGCUGGCCCUUAAGGCUGUUGGCAACGUUGGCCAGGCCGUGCAGGUUCUGGACAAGACCGAGCGCCGCCAGCGUCUGAGGCUGGUCCCCACCCUGGAGCGCUGCAUCAAGAACCAGCAGGUCCCCCGCAACAUCACCCUGGCCGCCAUCCAGGCCUUCCGCCGCAUGGAGAUCGACCAGGAGAUCCGUCAGCUGAUGCUGGACAUCGUGCGUGCCAAGACCGAGACCAAGCAGGAGGACUCCGAGAAGCGCAUCGCCGCCUACCUGGUGCUGAUGAAGAACGCCACACAGCGCGAGAUCCGCAAGGUCGUGAAGGUGGUGAUGUCCGAGCCCAUCAAGCAGGUCCGCUCCUUCAUCGCCUCCCACCUCCGCAACAUCCUCACCACCGAGGAGCCCACCCUCCAGGAGCUGAAGCAGACCCUUGAGCAGGUGCUGAGGGAGGAGAGGGUUACCCUCCCCGAGCCCGAGGACUUCCGCAAGUACUCCCGCAGCUACGAGGUGUCCAAGGCUGUCCCCCUGCCCUUCCUGCAGGAUCCCGUGGCCGCCCAGCUCCAGAGCGAUGUCGUGAUGGACCCCGUCAGCUACAUGCCCCGCUCCGCUCUCACCAGGAUGACCAUCAACGUGCUCGGACAGUCCAUCGACCUCUUCGAGGCCGGUAUUGAGGCCCAGGGUAUGGAGCACACCAUGGAGGCUCUGUUCGGCCCCAGCGGCUACUUCCCCAACCAGGCCCUGAAGAAGAUGCUGUCCCCCAUCCCCUACGGCGACAAGGUCCUCAAGAUGUUCGGCAUGGACAACAAGGCCAAGCCCAAGUUCGAGACCCGCCAGACUCUGGACCGUAAGAUCGUCGACGGUCUGAAGAAGCUGUCUGAAGAUGUCAAGUUCAGGAAGGACGACCUGCUGGCCUCCUCCUACCUGCGUCUUCUCGGCACUGAGGUCUCUUUCAUGUCCACUGAGGACCUGAAGGCCACCAUUGCCACUGCUCUGGACGCCUACACAAACAACAAGAACAUGAUGAAGCUUCUGGACCCUCUGGCCGAAGGUAUCGAGAGGAACUUCACCUCCUCCUACAAGUUCCUGGAAGCCUCCACCUGCAUCCCCACCGCCAUGGGUAUCCCCCUGAACGUGUCCGCUAACGGAACCGCCACCACCAAGCUGACCGUCGGCGGCAAGUUUGACGUGAAGAGGAUGUUCUACGCCCCGCGCUCCGCCGUGGUUGCCGGCUACCUCCGCCCCAGCGCGUCCGUCGAGAUGGCCGCACGCAUGAUCAUCUCUCUGCCCGAGUUCUCCGAGUGCGGCAUCCAGGCCAACGCCACCGUCCACACCGCCACCCAGCUGGCCGGCAACAUCACCCUGAAGGAGGGAGAGCUCAAGUUCAACAUCGAGGCCCCCAAGGACAUCGUCCCCAUCUUCAACAUGAGCUACCAGCAGUUCCUGGUCCGUCCCGACGCUAUUGAGUACAUCCGUCCCGUGGAGCAGGACCGCGCCGUCCUGGUCAACUGCACCCCGUCCGUGCUGGGCCAGAAGGUGUGCCUGUCCCUGUCCUACUCGAACGCCAGCUACGUGCCCCUGGCUCCCUACUUCCCCAUGACCGGAGACUGCAGCUUCAACAUCACUCUGGUGCCCACCGAUGAGAUCCAGGCUUUCUCUGCCGCCAUUAAGUACGACCAGGAGCGCGAGCCGAUCCGCCGUCUGCGCCUGCCCAAGGAGAAGCGCGACCCCAGGAACUACAUCGUCACCGAUCUCUUCCGCAUGGAGGUCGCCGCCCCAGGCAAGUCCGCGAAGCGCAACAUCACGUCGCUGCUGCAGGUGUUCCGUAACCAGACCCUGAUGCAGUGGAACCUCACCAUCCCUGACAUCUACAACUUCACAGCCUACCUCGGCUUCCAGAACGAGACCGUUCCACAGGUGUACAACGGCUACGCCGUCAGCCUGAACCUGACCUACCGCGAGCACAAGAACGCCAGCUUCGUCAUGCGCUACCGCAACGACACCAACCAGCACACUACUCAGACCACCUUCAACAUCCCGGAGCUGUGGUUCCACGUGUCCAACAACAUGUCCCUGUUCUGGAACCCCUGGACCAGCCUGACCCAGUUCGACGCCCGCUCCAACAGCUCCGUGCGCCUGUGGACCGCCCGCGCCGACCACAACAUGACCCUCGUCAACGCCGAGGACAUCUUCCGCUCUGGCUUCAACUCCUCUGCUGAGAUCGACCUCACUCCUCUCAGGACCAUCGUGCCCCAGAUCAUCAAGAACAUCACCCGCCAGCUGCCCAGGCAGGUUCAGCAGAUCCGUGCCGUCCGUGACGUGCCCUACCUGAACGAGACCCUUCUGCUCGCCAACCAGACCGUCAGCCUCUUCAACCAGACCAUCUGGAACACCACCUACAUGCUCAUGAACAUGUCCCGCCCAUACGUCCAGGUUGCCCUGCCCAUGGUGCAGCGUGUGUACCCCACCGUUCUGAACACCACCGUGCCCUACACCAACUGGACCGUGGCUAACAUCACCGAGUUCAUCACUAACGCCACCGGCCAGGUCAACAUCACUGAGGUCUACCAGAACUUCACCCAGCUGGCCAUCGAGCUGUCCCAGAACGUCACCAAGUACGCCUACCAGUACUACAACCAGAGCGCGCUGUACGGCCAGGACUACCUGCAGCAGUACUACGUGCGUCUGCCCCAGCUGCUGACCAGGCACCGCACCAACGUGUCCGGCGAGGUCCAGUACCUGAAGAGCCAGGGCGUCCUCCUGGAGGUCCGCAUCCCCACCGUGCGUAACGUCACCGACCUCAUGCUUAACUACACCAGCCUGCUCACCAACUACACCGCCGAGUUCAUCGCCAACUACACCCCCGUGGUUCUGCCCAACAUCACUCUGCCCAACAUCACUUUCCCCAACAUCACCCUGCCCCAGAUCCCCGGCUACUUCAACACCCCCAACUUCACCGUCCCCUACCUGCAGUGGUACGUCCCCAAGAUCAACGUCACCGUUCCCACCUUGAACGUGACCCUGUACACGGAGAUGGCCAUGAACGUGACCAACAAGACCCUGCAGUACGGCAUCCAGUACGUCACUCCCUACGUGGAGAGCUACAUCCCCAGCCAGUUCAUCGCUAACUGUUAUGCUGCCCUGACCCCCAUGGAGGUGAUCCGCAUCCCCGCCUUUGGUGAGCUGCGUGGUCUGUUCAACCUGAGCAUGCCUCUGUACAACACCAGCACCGUGCUUAGCCUCAGGAACGAGACCGGCAUGAUCGCUGAGGUCAAGUCUGUGGCCAACAGCACCUUCGACUUCUACAACUACACUCUCCAGGCCACCGGCAACACCUCCCUGUGUCUGAUGACCCGCCGUCUGAACGUGUCCAGCACCUUCAACUUCACCCACCCUCUGGUGCGCUGCAAUGCCACCCACAACAGCAGUGUGGCGCUGUGGGAUCGUCUGAACGUCACCACCCGCACCUUUGCCGAGCUGAACACCACCUUCCCGCAGACCCGCAUGAACCUCACCCACGCCGGUAACUACAGCUUCUGGCUGACCAGCAUGAACAUCACCAACAACUUCACCGCCGCCGCCAACCUGAGCAGCCUGGCCAUCGCGCGCGUUCAGCACAACUGCACCUACUUCGCUGACCUCACCAGCAUCAACGCUACUACCAACUUCACCUUCAAGGCCCAGGUUGAGAACAUCACCAAGACCAGGUUCUACCACUACGCUAACGUGUCGUCCUGCCUGUACACCGGGCUGAACGCCACCCACAACCUGACCGCCUUCCUGAACGUGAGCCGCCUGGUGCAGGCCCGCGUCAGCCACGCCGUGAACUUCAGCGGAGACUACCUCAGCAGCAACCUGACCCACAACCUCACCAUGGCCGGGAACGCUUCCCUGUGGUCCUACCCGAUCGCUCAGGCUGAGCUCAGGCACACCCUGAACACCUCCACCAACUGGACCAACGCUAACACCACCUCCAACUUCCGCGGCUUCGUCAACGUCAGCAUGGGCGCUCACGCCAGGAUUGAGAACAACAUGACUGUCCGUGCCUGUCUGCGCACAUUCAACUACACCACCGACACGGCCGUGUACUGCAACUCCAGCUACCCGGAGAUGCACCUGAACCUGACCCACAACUUCACCCACAACGUGGACCACUGGCAGUCCUGGAACACCACCAUGAACACCACUGCCUUCUUCAGGCUGAACGAGACCCGUGUGCCCCUGAUCUGGGUGAACGUGACCGUGCCCGCUCUGUACGCCAACCUGACUCACAACAUCACGGCCAACCUGACCCGCCAGAGCCAGAACAUCACCAUGAACAUAACCGCUCAGGCUCAGCAGCUCAGGCUCACCCACAACUCCAGCCUCUGCAACACCGACCUCAGCAGCUGGGUCAUCCACAACACCUCCGUGGUCGCCAACCUCACCUGGAUCAACGUCACCGUGCCAUUCUACAACACCAGCGUGUGGGAGCUGAUCGGUCUGCAGAACGUGUCCUCCCCCCGCCAGCUGCAGUAUCUGAACAUCAGCGGCGUCGCCAACUACACCAAGAGCCAGGAGAACUACACCCUGCCCAUCCCCCUGCUGGCCAACCUCAGCACACCCAACAUCACCAUCCCCGUGGGGCUCCGCACUCCCGCCUUCAACAUCUGCAUCCCCUUCACAGGCUACAACAUCACCGUGCCGUCUAUUCAGGUGAUCCCUGAGUACAUCUACGUGCCGUACCUGCUGAACGUGACCAUGCCCAGGAGCAUCCCGGCCUUCACCGUGCCCAUGAACAUCUCCAUCCCCAGCCCAGGCAACCUGACCUACAGCCUGAACGCCAGCUCUCCCAUCCUGAACAUGACCUACGGGUUCAACUGCACCCAUGCCAGGCCCCAGUACAACCGCACUGUGCUCGGCUUCAGCGCACUCGGACAGGCCAACUCCACCAUCGAGUACUUCAACUACACCUAUGCCCAGCGCACCAACACCUCCCUGGAGUGGAACCUGACCCGCCCGUGGGAGUCCAAGAUCAACGCCACGUUCUUCACGAACCUGACGCACCCCAUGUACUACUGGCGUCAGAACUCCAGCAUCCAGGCCGCCUUCCUGUCAGUCAACAUCACCUCCAACACAAGCGCCGGCAUCGAGAUCGAGCCAUACCCCAACUGGUACCUGCCCCUGCGCCUGGUGAACAUCUCCACCCCAGUCAUCAAGACCAACAUGACUCACAACGCCAGCCUCACCUUCUACCAGCCGCUGCGUCUGGCCCUGCCCACAGUCAACGUGAGCUCCAACCAGAGCGUGUUCCUGCGCGUGCCGCCCAUGAACUUCACCAUGCCCUACAUCAACGUCACCACGCCCAAGUUCUACGUCAAGCACAACUCCAGCUUCGUGGCCAACUGCCAGAACAUCAACGUCACCAGCAACCAGACUCUGCUGUUCAAGGUGCGCCCCAGCAACCUGUCCCUGCCGUUCCUGAACGUGAGCAGCCCGGACAUCUGCGCCUUCCACAACUCCAGCGUGUCCCUGAAGGUCCCCAUCCUUCGCCUGGCCACCCCCAGCCUCAACGUCACCGUCAACCAGACCGUGUACGGCCGUCUGCCUCGCGCCAACAUCUCCAUGCCCUUCCUCAACAUCACCACCGUGGAGAUUGAGGCCGAGCACAACUCCCUGGUGAACGUGUCCACCCCUGAGUGCUGCCUCCUGGGCUUCUACGAUCUGGCCUACCUGAACAAGUUCAUCAGGCCGACAGUGAACAUCACCGCUAACCAGACCUUUACCGCCAUCAUGCCUUCCUGCAACGCCUCCAUGCCCUACAUGAACAUCAGCACCCCGUCCUUCGAGGUCCGCCACAACUCCACCGUGCUGGUGAACGAGUGGUCCGUCAACGUCACCUCCAACAGCAGCGCCCUCGUGCGGGUGCCCAGGAACAACAUCACCUUCCCCGUGCUGCAGUUCAACAUCAGCACCCCCGAGAUGCUGGCUAACGUGACCCACAACGCCACGGCCUUCGUCAGCCUGAUGAACACCACCCUGUUCUGGAACCUUACCGCCCAGGCCGACCGUGUCCAGCUCAACCACACCGCCCGCCUGGAGAGCUGCUUCUGCACCUCCGUCAAGAUCAGCACAAACACCAGCGCAAGGUGCGAGAUCCCGUCCAUCAACAUCACUGUUCCCUACACCGGCUUCAACUUCUCCACUCCCGCCUUCCUCACCAACAUGACGCACAACGUCAGCGCCGACAUCGCCUGGGAAAGGCAGAACGUCACCUGGAACGUCACCGCCAACGUCAACUCCACCUGCUUCGCCCAGAACGUCAGCAUCGUCAACGACUGGCAGCGUAUCGAGGCCGUCCACAACACCUCCGUCGGCGCCAACCUGACUUUCCUGGACUUCCGCAUCCCCUACGUCAACGUGUCCAUCUGGAACAUCACCGGGAUGAACAGGACCACCUCCUACCGCCAGCUGCAGUACCUCAACAUCUCCGGUGUGUGGCGCUACGACUUCGGCAAGAUCACCUGGAUGAAGAUCGAGAUCCCCAAGAUCAGGACCCCCAAGAUCCAGAUCCCCGAUCUGGAGAAGAUCCAGCUGCCCCAGAUCCCCGACUUCACCCCCCUGCUGAGCUACAUGAACGUCACCACUCCUGAGAUCACCAUCCCCUUCAUCAACUACACCGUGCCCGCCAUCCGCCUGGGCAUGAACACGUCCAUCCCCGUGUUCCGCAUCCCUCUCAUCAACUACACCACCCCCUCCAUCAACGUCAGCCUGACCACCCUCAACAUCUCCGAGUGGACCAUCCCCUGCACCAACCUGACCGUCCCCGAGAUGAGGCUGACUCUGCCCCUGGAGCUGCUCCCCAACAUCACCCUGCCCAGGAUCCCCACCAUGGAGGAGGUCCAGCAGUACCUGCCCUUCCAGAUCCCCAAGAUGCCCAAGGUGAUCCCCUCCUACAAGCUGAACCUGCCCAGGAAGGUCCACCUGCCCAUCCCCGCCAUGGGUAACUUCAGUGUGUCCGGACAGCUCAGGUCUCCCGUCUACAACACCUCCGCCGGCGUGGAGCUCAGGAACGAGACCUCCAUCAUUGGAAGGUUCAACUACACCGUCAACAGCACCCUGGAGUUCCUCAACUUCACCACCAAGGCCGAGGCCAACCUGACCGUCCCCUACUACAACGAGGUGAUCACCGGUCUGUCCUUCAACUACAGCCACCAGUGGGGUGCGCUGCAACGUCACGCACAACGCCUCCAUCGCCGUCGGCUGGGAGAAGCAGAACGUCACCUUCAACCACACCUUCUGGUGCGAGACGCCCGUGCAGAAGCUGCACCUGGCCCAGAACCUGACCGUGCGCAACAACAGGACUCACUUCGAGAUCUAUGCUAACGAGACCGCUGCCACCAACGCCACCCUGCUGCAGUACAUCAGUCUGUACAACAUCUCUCUGUGGGACGUCCUGCGUCUGAACGAGACCUCCUCCCCCCAGCAGCUGCAGCGCGUCAACGUCACCACCUACUUCUGCUACAGCAAGUCUAACGAGACCUGGGAGUUCCCUAUCUUCAAGCUGGAUACCCCCACCACCAAGCUCGGCGACUUCAAGCUGAACACCACCUGGCUGUACACCCUGGCUAACGCCACCCGCGUGUACACCAACAUCAGCCUGCCCUUCCUCGGCAACGUGAGCGAGAUCGCCAACAACGUCACCUACUUCCUCAACUCCACCGACCAGAUGCUGAACGCCACCGACUACCUGCGCAACGCCACCUACCUGGUGCUCAACUACACCCUGCCCGUCGUCAG